CUGUUUCCUUUUUGAUCUUUUCUACACCAAAUAUGAAGCCAUCUUCAAGGGAGGCCAAGGAUUAAAAAUGUUGAAGUUGUAUGAUGCUUUACUUGCAAUCUUUGGCUAUGUGAUUAUCCUAGUAGCGCUGAAGCAUUAUAAGCCAAGCAAGUCUGAGUUUUAUCUUAUUGCAGCUAAUGGACAUGUUAUCAUGGAUAAGAUAGCUACAGCAUAUGUUCCCAGACAAGGUCAGAAAGGAGAAACUCGAAUCAAACUGCCCGAGGAGGUAAAGAAAGUAGUGUUACUUACUCUCAUAAGCAAUGGUUGCAAUCUGAGUAAUGAGGAAGAAUAUUUGCGCCGAAGUGAGGUGUGGGAUGAGCUUCUUCGGGCAUGUAGUUUUGAGACACCCACCCACAUUAUCUUGGUGUGGCAUAUGGCUACUGGUCUCUCUACGAUUGGAUCAAGACCAAUGAGUUUAAGCAAUGAAAAUUUCAUUAUUAUCUCUGCCAUGUCUAGCUAUUGUGCUUAUUUCGUGGCUUUUGCUCCAAGGUUGAUAUGCAGUAAUGCUACCAUUUCUAUGUUUAUAUUUGAUCAAGUAAUCAAGGAAGCCAGAGGUAUUCUAUUGAGCAGCAUUUUAGAUAAUGAUAGUUACCAAAAGCUUAUGAAUCAGCCAGAUAGAAAAGGUCACAGGAUCAUUCAAAGGGUUGCAAGGCUUGCAAAUGAUCUACAACAAAUACAAAAUGAUGAAAGGGAUUUUUUAUGGAAGGUCUUGGUGGAUUUCUGGGUGGAGUACAUGUUAUUCCUAUCUCCCUCUGGUGAUUCAAUGGCCCAUGUAAAACACCUAGCUAAAGGAGGAGAGUUUGUGACUCACUUGUGGGCUUUACUCUCACAUAUGGAUCCUUUAAGCAAUGUGAUGAUGAGUCUUGGCCAUAUUUCCCUCGAAUUGAGUCACCAAAGCGGUUAUGUCAAUGACAACUUCACGCAAGCCGGUGUCUUCUUCAACAAGAGCUUGGUUCUUUUGCUUCUCAGCUUGGAGUUGAUAUCACAUGUCCUCCAUGGUAAUCUUGUAAAGAUUAUGGUUGAUGGUCAUAUCUUAUAGUUGCUCUCCCAAUUGCUCAUUGGCUUUGUGAAGGUGUUCAUUGUCCUUAGUCAAUUGGUACAUAUAAGAGAUGGUUUCUUUAUUGAGCCUUUGAGUACAAGCAAAAAACUCCAACAAAGCCUUGUGUGCAGAAGGUUGUGUCUUGGAUGUGUGAGAAUCCAUAUUUCUUUUCAGAGGGCACAAAUGGUUCAAUCAAAAGGGCUUGAGAAC